AUGGAUAUCUUCAAAGUCCUCUCGCGAGGCAUCAAAGCCCAGCCCAAGAAAAACCAACCGGGUGCACCACAGCUCCUUCCCUCCGCCGGAGCAAAAGUCAAUCCUCAGUUCUUCCACGAUAACGUUGGCGGCUCCAACUCCAAGCGAAGCAAGAAGAGAAAGAGAAAGGGCACCCAGGCCAACAACGCGACCGAGAGCGGUGAUGACGACUCCGAUGCCAGCGACGUCGAUUACUUUGCGCCCAAGCCCACCCCCGAGGAGCUUGCCGCCAAGAAGGAUGCCGAGUUGAAGGCGGACGAGCCCAAGAAGCAGAAGCCCAAGCUUAUGGAGGAGGACGAGUGCCGGCAAACGCUCAAGUCGCAUCGGUUGAAGUUCACAGUCCUGGCCGGUCGCGUGCAACAACCCGAGGAGCCAACAGAGAAGCCGUCCAAGAAGAAGAAGCAGAAGAAGGACAAGAAGGAGCAGGAAGAGGAGGACAAGAAGAAAAAAAAGAAGGACGAGGACAAAAAGCAGAUCUACCCGCAGCCGCUCAACUCGUUUGGCGAGCUCAAGUACACCUACGGCAUCCACCCCACGCUGGCGGACAACAUCACGAGGCAAGGGUUCCGGGUGCCGACCGAGGUGCAGAUGGGCAGCUUGCCGCUGCAGCUGCGACCAGAGAUGGCGUUGGAGAAGGCUUCAGGAGUGGAAGAUGUCAAGGUUGAGAGGGGAAUCGACUUCCUCGGUGUUGCGCCGACGGGCAGUGGCAAGACUAUCAGCUUCUUGAUCCCUGCUAUCGAUGCGAUUAUCAAGAGGAGGGCUGAGGACUAUACCCCCGAAACGGACGAGCAUGUCUUGCAGGCUAUUGUUGUUGCGCCUACGAGAGAGUUGGCAAGUCAGAUUGUCAACGAAGGAAGGAAAUUGGCCAUUGGCACUGGCGUGCGCGUGGUUCUCAUGAAGAGGACUCUACGGUUGGUGGCGGAGGAGAACAAACAGGAGGAGACGGAGCAGGAUGGCAAGGAAGCGGACAAAGACAGUGAUCACGAUAGCGAGGCAGAGAGCGAGCCUGAAGAGGUUCUGGCAAGCGAUGAAGAAGAAGAGGAGGAGGAGGAUUCUGACGCCGAGAAGAACGAGGAGAGCAAGGCCAAGGGCGAUAAGAAGUCGAAGAAAGAGAGGCCCAUCACCAAGGUAGACAUUCUCGUGACAACCCCCAAGAUCCUCCUUAACUUCCUCUGUGGAGGCGAGAAGGAGAAGGGCAAGCCCAGGAUUGUCAAGAAGACGCUCCCCACCGUGCAAUCCCUCAUUCUCGACGAGGCCGAUGUUCUCCUCGAUCCCAUCUUCCGCAAGCAAACCAUGGGUAUCUGGCGCGCCUGCACACACCCCAAUCUCGGCAUGACCUGCUGGUCAGCCACCAUGGCCUCCAACAUUGAAGCCCUCCUCACCAAGUCUAUCGAGAAGCGCGCCAAGCGUACCCCCGAACAGACCCCCAAACCCCUGAUCCGCCUCGUCGUCGGUCUCAAGGACACCGCCGUGCCCAACAUCACCCACAAGCUCAUCUACUGCGCCACUGAGCCCGGCAAGCUGCUCGCCCUUCGCCAGCUUCUCCACCCCGUGUCCUCGGCCGACUCGGGCCCGCCGCUGCGCCCUCCUUUCCUCGUCUUCACCCAGACCAUCGAUCGUGCCCAGGCGCUUCACGACGAGCUCAAGUACGACAUCCCGCUCGAAGCCGGCGGUUCGGCCCGCGUGGCGGUCCUGCACUCUUCCCUCUCGGACUCGGUCCGAUCCAAGAUCAUGGCCCGCUUCCGCAGCGGCGAGGUGUGGGUGCUGAUCACGACGGAUGUGCUAGCGCGCGGCGUCGACUUCGCGGGCGUCAACGGCGUCGUCAACUACGACGUGCCCGUGUCGGCGGCGGCGUACGUGCACCGUGCCGGACGUACGGGUCGCGCCGGUCGUGAGGGCGGUGUGGCUGUUACUUUCUACACCAAGGACGAUAUCCCCUUUGUCAAGUCGGUCGCCAACGUGAUCGCCAUGAGCGAGAAGCAGGCGGGCAAGGAUAUUGACGAGAAGGACACCGUCAAGGCGGCCCAGGGUAGCGUGCAGAAGUGGCUGCUCGAUGCGCUGCCCAAGGUGGCCAAGGAGGAUAAGAGGAAGUUGAAGGUCAGGGGUGUGGAGAGCAGGCGGACGGGUGGAAAGGCGACGAUUACGACCAAGAGCAGUUGGGAAAGGAGGAGAGAGAAUAACAGGCGGGAGGCUAUUGAGGCUAGCAAGAGGAGGAAGAGAGAGGCGCAGAAGGCGGAGAAGGAGGGUGGUGCUGCCCCUGUCGAGAAGGACGAGGAUUGGACUGGCUUGGACUAA